GAGAGUGAGGAGAGGAGUGAAGAGAUGCGGGACCAUGAGCGUGCACAUCCCUAUGGAUGUUUGCUGAAAUAUACCUUCAAAUGCAUGUCCCCGCUCACCUGAACACAUCUGCAGCAGGUGUCCGGGACUACCUGCCCACUCUCCCACUGCCUCAUUUUCAGGUACUUCAUGAGGGUGCCACCAUGACCACUUGCAAUGCCACUGGCCACCCAUCUUUCUUCAUUCUCCAAGGCAUCCCCGGGAUGGAAGACAAACACAGAUGGAUCUCAAUCCCCUUCUCCUCCAUGUACUUCAUCACUGUGCUGGGGAACUGCACCAUCCUCUUCACCAUCUCCACAGAGCGCUCCCUGCAUAAGCCCAUGUUCCUGCUCCUCUGCUUGCUGGCUCUCACUGACCUGGGCAUGUCCACAACCACGGUUCCUAAGGCACUGUGCAUCUUCUGGUUUGGCCAGAGUGAGAUCAGCUAUGAAGGCUGCCUGGUCCAGUUGUUCUUCAUCCAUUCCAUUUCUGCCAUGCAGUCAGCUGUCCUGACCACCAUGGCCUUUGACCGCUAUGUGGCCAUCUGCAAGCCCCUGCACUAUGCCACCAUCCUUUCCAACAGCCGCAUUGGGCUCCUCGGCCUAGUGAGCUUGGUGAGAGCCACCCUCUUUAUUCUCCCCAUGCCCAUCCUCCUCCAGCAUGAGGCCUUUCAUGCCAACCAUGCCAUUCAAACCACCUACUGUGAGCACAUGGCCGUGGUGAAGACGGUGUGUGUGGACACCACAGUCAACCGGACGUACGGCCUGGCGGUGGCUUUGCUGGUUGUUGCCCUAGACAUCUCGGCCAUUGCUUCCUCUUAUGCGCUAGUCAUCCAGGCUAUAAUGCGCCUCUCUUCUAAAGAAGCCCACCACAAAGCAGUCAAUACCUGUACCACACAUAUCUGUGUCAUGCUGAUCUCUUACACUCCCUCACUUUUCUCUUUUCUUACUCAUCGCUUUGGCAGAGGCAUUCCACCCCAUGUCCACACGAUUCUUGGCAACCUCUACUUUCUUGUACCUCCAAUGCUCAAUCCUAUUAUUUAUGGAGUAAAAACAAAGGAAUUUUGGAACCAAGUGACCAAAUAUGGUUUCUGGAUGAAGGGGCCUAUAACCAUUUCCCAUAGUCAGAAACUUGUUUGAUAAUCCAGCAACUGUGAAUAUAAGAAGAAAUGUUUAGUGCAUACAGUUUUGGGGAAAUUUGUCCCUUGGUAGAAAUAUGUCAUGCUGACAGAUUUGGCAUCAAAAUGUUUAUUUUUGGACAAAGAAGCUAACACCUAAGAACUUUUUGUCUUAUUAAUUCCAAAGCAAGGCACUUGUCCUCUGUCAAAUAAAAUAAUGGCACUUGUUCUCUAUAUCUGGUUAGGCAAAUUAUGCAUGAUAAUGUAUCUAAAAGUACUUCAAAAAACAACAUGCCAUGUAUGAUCAACCAGAAUGUUCCCAUAUGAAGAGAAGAGAAAAUGUAAGAGCAAACAGUAACUUGCCUACCACCAGGGAGUAGCAGAAAACUACUGACUUUCCAAGGCAAGGCCAAGGUGCAUGUCAUUAUGGAUGUGUAUUUGCAUUUGUGUGUUCAAGGGUAGGGUGAGAGGUGGAGAAGAUUUUUUCUAGGGACUGAGAAGGGACAGAAAAUUUUCAAAAUUUAAUUUAGAAUCACUUAUUA